AUGUGGUCUCGACACAUCUUUCGAGGGCCAGUCUCAAAAACGGAAGACUGGCUUAGGUUGAGAACAUAUCUGGCAUUGUGCAAAAAUGUAUUUAAAUACAAAUUAUUAACUAUUCUUUUUUUUUUGUGUAUUAAGUUACAUCCGAAGGGGUGGAAGAAAUAUUUCUCCCCGCUUGCAACGGUCUUGCAAUCUACCAGUAAAAGGAUGCAAAGCUUCGGUACCAUCUUCCUUUGGGCGCUGGCUGCCUGCACUCUAUGGAAAGGAUCCUUGGCGACGAGCCUUCGGGGUGGCUAUAUGUUCCAAUUAGACGAUAUGAGUACCAAUCAGUCCGAUAGCAUUUGUGUCCCUGAACUACGAUCUGUGUUAAACGACGUCGUGCAGACCCAGAACCAAGGGAAUACGAACACCCGUGAAUCUGACAACGAAAUCAAAUCGAAGCUGGAGACAUUGGAGGUAAAAAUUGGGGAAGUGCGGGCCAAGUUUCCUCAGGAGGUGCAUGCCAAGCUGGAAGGACAACUACAAGGAGUGGAAAAUAAGCUGGAAAGACGACUACAAGGUCUGGAAGGACAGCUUCAGGAGGUGCUAACCAAACUGGAGGCUAAAAUGGAUGAAAGUCUCCUUGCGGUACCAAAAAUGAUUGAAACCCAACUUCAGGCGGUUGUAAAUCAACUGCAGGCAGUGUCGAACAAAAUAGAUGAUUCAAAGGUGGCAGUCCCGGCUUCAUCCACGACUACUAUUCCAUCUGGAUUCAGCCUAAUCGGUUCUAGGUAUUUUCUAAUAGAAGACAUAACAGAGAAUUGGGAGACUGCUGAGAGAAGGUGUCGUGAGAUGGGAGGGUACUUAGCCUCCUUUCGAAAUGAAGAUGAAAUCAGGGCCAUUACACAAAUACUUACAGAUAGGAAAGCCUAUUGGCUAGGCAUUAAUGAUCGCGAUAAAGAGGGCCACUUCGUAUCUGUGGCCUCACAAAAGCCAGCACCAUUUUUAAAGUGGGCUCGGGGAGAACCAGACGACACAAACCAUGAGCAGAACUGCAUCUAUUUGUAUAAAGGCAAAAUGAGUGACAUAGAUUGUAAAACAGAUGCCGUUUAUUUUAUUUGCCAGGCGGACAAAGAAACUUAG